GAUACAAGCGCCGACAUGCCAAGCGGUUCGCAAAGUGACCCGCACAUCGUCUUGGUGCAAGGCAAGACAGGCGUCGGAAAGUCAACGCUGUGCUGCUGGCUAUCUGACUCCUUCGACACGAAAGUCUUUGCAAUUUCGCAUGACAAAGGAGCAGGGACCGUUGAGGUUGCCGAACCAGAGGAUCCGGUCAAGUACUUGGGUGGCCACAUACACGGUCCCGACUUUGGAGAUGGGUCAAACUUCUCUGAGACGUACAUUCGCAUCAUCGAUGUGCCUGGGCUCGGGGGCAAUGUGCCAGGCAAGUCAGAUGGAGAUGUCCUCCGCGCAAUGAAGGUGUAUUUGAAGGAAAAGUGCAACAAGGUCAGCGCCAUCAUUUGGUUGGAAGAGCCAAGCGUGAAGCAGGAUAGCUCGAGAGAGCGCAUGGUGGCAAGCUACGUUGACUUUCUGGGCAUUGAGGCUUUGAAGAACCUGGUGGUAGUGUGCAACAAGGCACCAAAAACCUUGACGAACAAGGUGGAAGAUGAUGAAGACAACGAGGAUGCUGCAAGCAACCUGGAGAGAUUCAAAAAGAGCUUCAAGGAGAUUCUGCAGGAUAUCCUCCAGCCAGUCGCCGGACCCAGUCACAACAUCGCCGAUCUGGUCAGCUUGAUCCCCAUGGUCGACCUGAAUUUGCCAGAAAUUCAUCAGUUGAUGGAGAAGAAGUAUGGAUCCCCAAGCGAGUUUGUCAAAAAGAAAGGCUUGAAUCGUGGGAGGAAUAUGCAAAGUCUGGCAAAGAUUGCUCAGUUUAUUUGCAGCCGCAAGCCUUUGGAACUCGAACAGAUCUCGGGCAACAUCGGUCUUGAGGUCAUGCUUGUCAUAGAGCAGCCAGGCGUUCAGAGCAAGCGUGUGGUUCGCAAGGCCUCCCCAAAGCAUUCCGAGUUCCGGGACAUGGUGAUGGACAGCCUCAAGGGCAUCGACGAAAGCUCGGUUACGAUUUCAUAUGCCUUGGCGAGAGGCAAGCCCACUGAGGUUGAUGACGACCAAAGCCUACGGACCUUGCUUGAGAAGUUUGGGGCGGUGGAGCUUGAAGAGCGGGAGAUCCGUGUCACGGUGAAUCAGUUGGAGAUCACAGCUGUCGUUUUCGACCUGCAGCAUCCAUACUCCACCAGGGACUCCGUUGAAAAUUUCAGCCUUCCCCUUACACUUACCUCCGUGACCACAGAUGAUCAGAUUCGUGAAUGUUUGGAAGGGAAGAUGACUUUCUUGAAGGACUCUGAAGUUUGCUUUUACGGCCAGCACGGGAUGUUUAGAAGCAUUGUCGACUUCUGGGGGCACGUGAAAUCCUCAUUCCACGCGGUCCAGGAAGCAGCCCUACCUGCAGCACCAGCUCCACCAAUCAUGGCACCGACCGAAGCCCCGGCCCCAGCCCAGCCCCAGCCCACUGCCAAGAUCACCUUGGACAUCGAAGUCCGCACGCCGGACCCACCUGAGCUGAAGCAGCUGAGCCCCGAGUUGCAGCUGCAUCUCAAGUCCAGAAACCUCGUGGCCCUAGCCCCCGCGCUUGCCGAGGACGGGAUCGAGCGCCCAAGCCAGCUUGCACGCUGCGACUUCUCUACAGAUGGACUUCCGGCAGUUAGCCAGAAGUUGUCAGGUGCAAGACAAAAUGCAAGGUGGGAGGCAUUGCGAGAAGUCAAGGGUGAAGCUGAGGCUGAGGAAGAGGCCAAGCUGCAUGAGAAGGCCAUGGUGAAGUACAGGCGGAAGAUGUGCCAAGCAGACGAGUGCAGCAAGAAGUGGGAUGAGUUCAUAUCACAAGCCAAACAGAAGCAGGCAGACGCCGCGAACAAGGCAAAAACCAACAGGGCCAAUGAGGCGAACAUUGUGAAGGAGACAGUGAAUGCCCUCAUGAACGAUAUGCGUCAACUUGAUCUGCCAUCGCUGGACUUCAGCCUUUGCAGGGAUGUAGCAUCGCUGGAAGCAAAGCUGACGGCAAGCAGCCAGCAGUACGUUCCACCUGGUCACAAAACCACAUCUGAGCUUGUGAACGGUGCCAGCAUGUUCAAUGGAUUGUACUUGGACCCCAUGACAGUGAAGGACGGAGGCAAGUUGUUUAAGCUUGCAAUGCCGGUAUGUUGGAGCAAGGCUACCACUCCGGAUGACCUUGCCAACAUCUUCAAGUUUGGAGAGACCGCAACAAGCGUUUACACUUCGGAGCUCAUGACCGAAAAGCAGUACCAGAAGGCUUGGAAGCACCGAGAGCAGCACUCGAAUUCCUUCGGUUUCCAUGCCUCGCUCGCUGGUUCAGCCUUCAUGGGGUCAGGCGUGGGAUCCUUUUCCAUGAGCGCGGAUAUCUCGACUGCCAAGGAGGAAAUCAGUGAGAAUGAGGGGGCCAUAGGAAAGAAGGAGACCACGUGGUGCAUGCUGAGCGUCAACUCGCUUCCCCAAACCAGGAUUCGCAUUGGUCCUGAGCUCCUUGAGCUCUCUCCAAUGGCUACCCGAGAGCUUUUAGCAGUUGCCAAGAAGAUAGAUUCGCCGGAGGAAGAUCUGUCAUGCAUUGGCUGGUUCAACAAGUGGGGAACCCACGUAGCCGUCGAUGUGUUGCUGGGCAUUGAGCGCGUGCAUAUCGCGAAGUACGCCAUGAAUGGCGAGGUGACCACUUCCGAUUGUCGGUCAGCGCUUGCCUCUGCACUUUCCUCAUCGGUGUCGGCAUCCGCAAGCUAUUCUGGAAUUGGAGGAGCGGGAAGAGCUGAAGCAGCCACGGACCGGCACGAGGAGAAUGCACAGGCAUCUGCUGAGAGGCAGGCUGGCAGGGCUGAGUCCAGUGAGGUUACAGUUGAUAAAAAAUUCUGGGCAGAGCAGGAUUCAGGACUUGCUUUCUUGAGCGAUGAUGCGCUUGCUGCGAAUGCUUCGAAGUCUAACGGUAAUUGGACCGUUCUGGCACGCUCCUUCUCGGAAGACUCCCUCGUACCGCUCUGGGAGGUAGCAAAGCAAAUGCAGCAGUUCGCUUCUCACGACAAGCUUCUUCGAAGCAUGGAGCGGGUCUUUGUGCAAAAGGUGCUUCAACUUGAGGAGUUGUGGAGGAUACAAAUGGGCAGUCCGCAGUCAGAGGACUUUGCACAUGCAGAGAAUAACAUCAACCAGUUCAUUGCAGUGAACGAGACAUGUCGCUCCUACCUGCGAGGUUUGCACGACACCAUGAAGAAACGUUGGAGUGCAAGCAAAGCGGAGAUGUGCAGCAAUUGUGGGGUGCUCCUCUCUGCUUCGAAGGUGGAAGAGCACAAGAUGAACGACUGCAUCAAGAGGCCUGUCCAAUGCGCAAGGGCUCCCAACGAGGAGUUCUAUGGAUGCGGCGAGAUGGUCACACAAGAGGCCCUGAUUGGGCACAAAAGGGACCACUGUCAACAUCGACCAGUGGCAUGUACAGGAUGCCACGAACAAGUGAUGUGCAACAAGAUGGCUUGGCACGAGCUCUAUGAAUGCUUGCAGGCUGAGGCUCCCUGCCCAAAUCAACUCUGCGGGUGUCAAGAGCGCAUCCGCCGAGGCGAGAUCGACAGGCACGUGGAGAUUUGCGACUUCCAACAGCUCAGGUGCGUCUUAUGUGCUGAACGUGUGCUGCGGAAAGACAUGGAGACGCAUCGCGCGACUCUUUGCGCUGAGCGCACAGAGGCGUGCGACCAGUGUGGAGAGCAGGUGCUGCAGCGAGAAAUGAUGCGGCACAAGGCCCAAACGUGUGACUACCGCACGGUUCGCUGCGGCGCUUGCAAUGCAGAGUAUGUCAGCAAGGAGAGGGAUGCCCAUGAAGCUGUUUGUGGUGGCAAAUCAAUUGCUUGCGACCUGUGCAAUCGAACAGUGCGUCGACAGGAUCUGCCCGGGCACAAACAGACAGAUUGUAUGUCAGCCCCGGUUGAUUGCCAACAGUGCCAGGCCAGGGUGACAAGAAGCGAUCUUCCGACCCACAGAAGAAGAUCCUGCCCCAUGCGGGCAGUCCUGUGUGAGAAGUGUGGCGGCCAAACCCAAUUUCACGUUCUGGAAGAUCAUAAGAGGUCCCAGUGCCCGAAUCGGGAUGUGGAGUGCCACAAGUGCAGGAAGAGCAUACCAUUUUCGCGUCUUGAAGAUCACAGGCAGCAACACCGCAAAAUGGUCCACAGGAUCACGGUCAGAAAGUGCAAGUACAUUGACAAAAUCAUUUUUGAGUACUUUGAUGGAACAAAGAAAUCUGUUGGUGAGCACGGCGGUGGUGAUCAAGUUACCUUCACGCUGGACGAAGACGAGUACAUCACAGGCCUCUACUGCUAUAUGGGAGCAAAGCUCGACUCCAUCCAGAUCGAUACCAACAAGCGCGAACUCCCCGAGGUCAAAGGCUACGGCAAGGGCGGAGGGGAAUGCAGCUUCCAUGCAGAGUCUGGUCAUUGCAUCACUUUCCUGGACCGAAGAGGUGGGGAGUCCGGAAGGAUCACUGCACUUCACGAGACUCGCAUCCCCAGGUGA